CGAUAAUAAUAGGUUCAACCUACCUUGUAGAUGAUUGCAUUUGACCCCUACCCAUGCCUCUGCUGCCUAUGCUCCAACCAUGAUAACGACUGGGCGGUAGCGAUUGGAUUAUGCUAUUGGUGCUUCUUCUGGGUAAACAGGCCCACCUUUUAUCUUCAACCCGGAUGAACCACUUAUCGCUGUGGCCCUGCCUCGUACCUAUGCUCAGCCAAUUUGCUUGAAAUGGCAAGAACAAGACUUCAUCGAAUGACCCGAAGGACUAGAUCCUCACCCUACACUGUAAUGACACGGAGCCAAAAUAAGGGGCAACAAACCCUAAAAGAGCCUACCUCAAAGAAAGAUUGGGAAGAUGCAACAUGCUCCGUGUGCAUGGAGUACCCCCACAAUGCAGUCCUCCUUUUAUGCUCCUCCCAUGACAAGGGUUGCCGCCCUUACAUGUGUGGCACUGGCUACAAAUUCUCUAACUGCCUCAACCAAUUCAAGAAGGCUUAUGCCACCACCUCGAAAACCCCAAGAUGCUAUCCCCCUACUGAAACUAAUGUUGGAGAUUGCUCAAGCGAGCUUACUUGUCCUCUUUGUCGAGGUCAGGUGAAGGGGUGGACAGUGGUGGAUGGUGCACGAGAGUUCUUGAACACAAAGAGAAGGGGGUGUGUGCAAGGCUCGUGUAUGUAUUCAGGGACAUAUGAGGAGCUUAGGCGGCAUAUGAGGACGAAGCACAAAGGGGCGGGUAGGCAAGAGGUGGACCCUGCAAGGCGGAGGGAUUGGGCCCGCAUGGAGCAAGAGAGAGAGAGGGAUGAUGUGAUGAGCACGAUUAGGUCUACAAUGCCUGGUGCUAUUGUGCUUGGUGACUAUGUUAUAGAACAUGGUGGGGGUAGUGGGGCCCACGCGUAUGACAGAGAUUGGUUGGACUUUUUGCUUUUGGAGACGGCGAGGAUGAGGCGGCUCGGGAGAUUUUAUCAUGGGGUCGGGGGUUUGGGGGGACCCAAUUUGAUGCAGAGGCUGAGGUCUGAGGACCUAUUGGAUGACGAUGAUACCCAUGACAUCUAUGAUAUUCAUGAUGAUGAUGACGACGACGACAAUGAUGAUGAUGAUGAUGGUGAUGGUGACAACGCGGUUGGUGGGGAUGAUGAGGGUGAUGGUAACAGUGAUGGUGGGGGUGGGUAUGAAGGUGGUCCUCGGUUUUCACCUAUCAAUGACAGAGAAAGGCGCAGGAGUAUGGUGGCGGGGAGGAGCCGCAGGAGAUCAUUGGCGGACCUAACCUGAGUAUGGGAGUAUGUUUGUAUGUCGUGUUUACAUGUAGCGAGUCUGGUAAUUGCAACAUUUCUUCUUCUUGUUGAUAGCUAGGUUGGGUUCAAACACAAAAGCUCAAGGUGGCAACAUCAUGUACCUCCUAGUUGAGCUAUGAGCUUGAAUACCCUUCCUCAACUGUUGGAUUCAAACCUACAACCUCAGGUCGCAACAUUAUGCACCUCUCUCAGUAGCAUUAUCCAUUUCGAGAUCCAAGAAGCAGGAUCUAUUUGGAUUUAGAAAAUUCGGGCUGUCUGGGAUCUGAUCGGGGGAAACCUAAUCAACCCUUUAAUUGACCCCAAACUGCAUUUGGUAGUAUGCGUUUGGGGCCUAGUCAUUGUAUGCUAUACAGUGGGUAUUUUGUUAUAUUGGAAGGAAAAUGCAGAUUUUUUCAAUGCGAGUAUAGUGUAUGAACCUGGCCUUCUCAAAUAGGUAGAAUGAAUGGGCUUUCAUAAUUUUUAAUCUA